AUCGAUCCAUCCAUCGAUCUUCAGACCCCUUCCCCCUUUGUUAUUGUUUUCUAUCAUUGUCUUUCCCAUCGUCCUUUUCUUUUCGACAUCAAUGACGAUGAAGCCCUAAUACUGUAACUUUUCUUUUUUCGAUCUGAGCGUCACCAGUUCUCUACUCUCUACCGUGAUCGCGAUGCCGGCGUUCUUGGACUCGUCUCAGAUCUUCUCGCCCUCAGCCGAUCAGGUCAUGUGUGAGCGUUUCUCACCAAGCAGCGCUCUCUCUGCUUCCUGCAGUAAAAGAAUUAAUCACCACUCAUUUGAAUCAUAUUCACAUCUGUGUAAUCAUUAUCUUGAUUCUCAUAAGAGGCGAAAGCUGUUACAGCCGGAAUUAUUUCAUACAGAUGAAUGCACGUGUAUGGGUGACAUUAAUGAUGUUCCUUUGACCGGCAACAAUGAAGUGUGUUCAUCCCAUUGGCACUCACAUGAGUAUGAUGGUACAACCUGUGCAUGCAAUCUACUUGAACGUGCUGGUGAUCUCUAUGUUGCUAUGGAUGGAAGCUCUAACAACACAAAUAACUGUUGUGAAACUUCCCAGCCUUGUGUUGAAGGAGCAAUUAUGGGUUUCGACAGGAAUCAAGCUGGAUAUGCCUUAUCCUCUGUGAAUGGAUGGAUGUAUGUUAAUGAACAUGGGCAGAUGUGUGGCCCGUAUAUUCAAGCACAACUGCAUGAAGGCUUAUCUACAGGGUUUUUGCCAGAAGAGCUUCCAGUUUACCCCAUUGUAAAUGGAAAUCUUGCUAAUCCAAUACCAUUGAAGUGUCUAAAGCAGUUCCAUACCCAGGCGCUUUGGUCUGCUAGUUAUUCAACCAAUGCAUCAAGUGGAAAUAGUCAUAUUGCUAGUCAUUCUUCCGUAGCUGGUGGAACCGCAGCAUCUGGAUCUUUUGGACAAGCAGGACUUGUUCAUUGCCAUGUAGCUUCUCCAUCAGGAUUAAAUCAACAGACGGAUUCACAACGAUGUGCUACUCAUAGCGCUCAUGGUUAUGAUUUGGCCCAUACAAAUGAUGCUACCUUUGCCCCUUCAGGUCUCCCCAUGUCUGGUGAAGAACCUUGCUGGAUGUUUGAGGAUGAGGAAGGUAGAAGGCAUGGGCCCCAUUCACUUGUUGAACUUCAUUAUUGGCAUCAUAGCAACUAUCUCCAAGAUUUCUUGCCUGUAUAUCAUGUGGAAAACAGCUUUGGGCCCUUUACACUCGUGUCUUUGAUUGACAAGUGGAGUACAGAAAGGACAAAAUUUGUUAUCGAGUUUGAUAAAGAUGGCAAUAAUACUGAUUCUCUUACUAACUUCAUAUCUAACAUAGCUGAAGAUGUAUCUACUCAGCUUCACACAGGGAUAAUGAAAGCAGCCCGGAAGAUUCUUUUUGAUGAGAUUAUCAGCAGUAUCAUACCUGAAUUUUUGGCUUUGAAGAAAGCUCAGAAGAAUCUUAGGCCAGUUUAUGCAAAGCAGGAGGACAAAGCUCACCCUUUGGGCAACAACAAGACAAAAAAUUUUGUUGAGAAGUCGAUUGUAGUUGCAAACCCUGAUGUUCUUCCUGCCACUGUAUCGAAAGAAGUAAAAUCGACUCAUGACACACAUGUACCACCCCCAGCGAGGGCUGUUUCCUCUGUUAACUUGGAGGACUUACAGGAAGUGUUAUUAGGAGUUUGCAAAGGACUCUAUUAUGACUGCAUGAGAGUUCUUUGGAAUGCUGUCUUUUACGAUCCUGUUGCCGACUGCUGUGUGAAAUGGCUUAAAAGAAAGCGCUGGUCUGCUCCUCUUCUUCCUGUUCCUGUUUCUUCAAUUGAGCAAGAUAUUAGCAUAAUGGUUCAAAAAACAGAUGCUAAUGUGCCUGAAGCUCCUUCUCAACGUGACCUGGAGUUCCCCCCCGGGUUUGGACCUGCAUCAGAGAGUCUGGAUGGCAAUGCUGAACUGUUAUGUGAUUUAGACAAGGGUACACGCACCAUCAAAGUUGAGCCUGAACAAUGCACUCUACGUGAUAUAAUGUUGUCUGAUGCUUUAACUGAUAUCCAAGAAACUGUAGAGAAUUCACUGUUUGUAUCAGCUAAACCAUUAUUGUUUAAAUAUUUCGAAGAGAUCUUACAGGAGGAAAUGACAAAAUUCUUUUGUUCAGCAUUGAAAGAAAAGGAUGAGGAGAUAGUUGAUUCCAGUACAACUAGUCACAGACCUGAUUCUUGUGGUUCCUUUGAUAUGGAUGAUGAUCCUGCAAAAGAACCUUCAAGUCUUUCCUGUGCAAGUUGGGGGAGUGCCUUUGAGAGGCUUGGUUUGCCCAUACCAGGCGCAUAUAGUGAUCAAGGUCCCAAUGAACUUCCAAUUCCUGUACUGGAGGAGGACUGCACUUUGCCUGCUAAUUCUCUUCAGAAACUCAAAGUUCAACCAUCCAACUUGACCAUGGAGUUCUCUACAUUCAGUAAAUAUAUUACAUUGUCCGUGUGUCGACAGAAGUUGCACGAUGAAGUCCUCACUAAAUCGAUACCCUCUUAUCUCACUCGUUUGCUUCAUAAUUGUUUGCGCUCUGUAUAUGCCCAGAAAAAGAGAGCAAAAAAAUUGACAAAAUUUGCAUUUGAGAGUCAAAACCUUAUAAAGGUAGAGAAAUAUGUUAAUAAAGAAGACAUGUAUGAUUUCUCAGCAAUUUUAGCCAAACAUAGAGAAGAAUCAUGGCGGUCAAUUGUUUCAGUGCCUUUUGAUGCAUCUUUAGUAAAGAAAGAGUGUACAUAUUUUCGUAAGAAAAGGUUUGGGCAGAUAAUCAGAUGUGGGCCUUUGUCUGAAAACAACAAGUCUUUCUUUGAGAAGGCUUGUUUGAUGAAGGAAGGACUGCGAGUCUCUGGUGAUGAACUCAAGUCUUUGACUGGGUUAGUAUCAACGAGGGCCACAGACGUGACUUUGGAACAUGGGGACAAAUGUGAGAUUGAAGUCAUGAAAAGCGUGUCAUCACCUUCUAUCAGCCAAAAUGAUUUGCCUGUUGUCAGUAUUUCACGACGGAAAAAGGGUACCCAAAAAUUGAAGAAGGGAACUCAUGAAUCAGUGCCCCAAGUUUUAUGCAAUAGUAAAGUCCCAGAUAUGCAAAAGGGUGCAUCUCCUGAAACAAAUUUGUCCCAUCUAAAUAAUGAAGCCUCAACUGAUGAUGUACAAUGUGUCUCUGGAGAAUUUUCUGUUUCAAUGGGUGAGUCAGACAAGUUGGAGAAGAUUAAAGUAAAACCUCUAUUGAGCUCAAUGAAAGAUUCAGAUAGAUUAUGUGCUGCUAAUACUUCCAAGUCUAAAGGAACACGAUUAAAAAGGAAGUCUCGAAUAGAUCAUCAAACGCCAGUCCCUGCUAAAGUUUUGAAAGUAACAGGCAUGAGUUCAGUGAGGAGAACAAAGAGCAAAAACUUCAUUAGUGGAAAAGCCAAAACUACAAAGCUUUCAGAUCCGUGUCCCAAGCCAAAUGGUUGUGCUCGAGCAUCCAUUGAUGGAUGGGAGUGGCAUAGAUGGUCAAGCAAUGCUCUUCCAUCCGACAAGGCACGAGUUAGAGGAGUGCAUGUUGCUCAAAUGCACUUUAUGGGUUCAGAAACUAGUGCACCUCAAUCUUCAAAUGCAAAAGGUCUUUCUGCAAGAACAAACAGGGUUAAGCUACGAAACCUUCUUGCUGCUGCGGAAGGUGCUGAACUGCUAAAAGUUAAUCAGUUGAAGGCAAGAAAAAAAAGACUACGUUUUCAGAGGAGCAAGAUUCAUGAUUGGGGCCUCGUUGCUCUCGAACCAAUUGAGGCUGAAGAUUUUGUAAUUGAAUACGUGGGUGAAUUGAUCAGACCUCGGAUAUCAGAUAUACGUGAACGCCAAUAUGAGAAGAUGGGGAUAGGUAGCAGUUAUCUCUUUCGACUGGAUGAUGGUUAUGUGGUGGAUGCCACUAAACGUGGUGGAAUAGCAAGAUUUAUUAAUCAUUCAUGUGAGCCGAACUGUUAUCCUAAGGUAAUAACUGUUGAAGGGCAAAAGAAGAUAUUUAUUUAUGCGAAAAGAGCUAUAUCUGCUGGUGAAGAAAUUACAUACAACUAUAAAUUUCCCUUAGAGGAGAAAAAGAUUCCCUGCAAUUGUGGAUCUCGAAGAUGCCGUGGGUCAAUGAACUAGGGGUGAUUUUUAGGAGAUGUGAGUGUUAUGUGGAAUUUACAGUGGCCCAUGCCAUAUGUAAACCUUGGUGCUUCUGUAAUUAUCUGAUGCAGUUCUACAAGUUGCUGCUUGAUAUGCUUCUACGUACGCCAAUGAUGUAAUUUUCAGAUCAAGAACAGGUAUCUGUGGUUUGCGCUUGAUAUUGCCCAUCGAGGCCAAAAUGACAGAAUAUGGGGUUUAUACAUCUUGUGGUCUGUUGCUGUAACUUUUGGUAAUGAGAUAUAUGUUCAAAGCUGCACCAACUUCUUUGUGCUUUAUGAAUUUUGUUACAGUUGCUUACUGUAGGUAAAGGACUCAUCUCCAUGCGAACAUGUUGUGCCACAAUGUCACUUGUUGCAGGAUUAGUCAUCUUUUUUCAAGGGGCAAUCCAAUUAUUUGCAUCUGCCCUUUUCAUGAAGGAGAAUGAUUCUUAGUGCGGCCCUAGAACAUGUACUUGAAAGAGGUGUUGUGAGUUUGGAGGCUUCAAUGUUGUGAGCCUUUGGAUUUGAAUGGGUAAGUGCUUACAAGCUCUUUCUCUCUUCCCCAAGGAAAUGAGCCCAUUUCAACCUAAUCUCAGAACUACAUAGCAGGUAUAUACAUGAGAGUACAUUUAUCAGCAUUUGAAUCUCUAAUAAUCUAUAGCCAUAUCGAAUAAAUAAUGAAAUAAAUCUUUCAAAUUGCCUGACCAAUUCUGUGUUGGGAGAAGUCUGGUUUCUUUGAUUAUGAGCACAAAGAAAACUAUAUCUAUAAGCCAUCCUUUGCCUUUUGUGACACCUCAAUAAACUAACACUGGUACGUAAUUAUGAGUGUGCCAACGGUGUCGCAUUUCUCCUGCCGGGGUGGUACAAGAGGAGCCUGGGAGGUGAAAACCGUAAAAAAUGUAUGACAUGCCCAGGUUGUUGCUAUUCUUCUCUGCUUAAUUACGCAAAGCAACAUUUUCCUUAAUAUAUUUCCAGAGUCACACACACACACACACGGUCCUCCAUCUAUUUCCUCUAAUGCACACAACACUUUUAUGCCACACAAAGUAUCUUCAUCGCGCUGCUUACCUUGACAUUGAUUAUAAUCAUGCAUUUAUGGUACUUUUAAACUAUCCUAUCUAGUCUACUACUACUACUACUUUAUUUCAUUCAAUUGAAUUAGUUUUUUAAUUUGGUUUCUUGCAUGGCCUUGCUUAAUGAAACAAUUUAAUUGAUGGGACUUUAAAGUUAUGCAUGAUUUGAUAUACAAUUUUCUAAGUGACACUAAACCACAAACCUUCACUAUAACGUUACCCACUCAUGUAUAUUUUGCAAAAUGGCCGGCUCUUUUAUGAUGAGCGGCCUGGCCUGCCUCCAACUUGGUAAUAACUUGUAGGAUUUCCCAAUUCUUAUAGAAGAAGGAUUAAAGAUACCAAACUUAUUCAUAAAGUUUGGAACAUUAUUUGUUUGACCUUUAAAAUUUAUAUAAAAAAUAAUUUAUAUUGAUUUCUGAACUUGACAAAUUAUUAGUUUUUCUUUUGCUCCCUCCAAAUUUUUGAGGCAGAAAUUAAUGAGUUUAUGUGGCUAGACACAUGGUACAUUAUCAUUAGUCUAGUGGAUUAGCCCACGUUAGACAGAGAAGUUACACCACGUUAGAGGAAAAUAGACAAAUUUGCUUAGUUGAACAUCAAAAAUGAAAAUUUUAAUUAUUUUUGAAGAAAAUGGGGCAAUGACAAAAACCUUAAUGGCGUUUAGUGGGUUCAACCUAUUGGUGCCCCGGUGCUUCACACGUCCUUGAUACUUGUUGAUUUUCUUCUGUAUGAGCGUGGACAUUCUUGACAAUAACUACUACAAUAGAAGAAGAACAGAUGUUGCAUAAUUCUUAUUUCAGUGAAGUGACUGACUAGUGAGAUGCUACUACAAGUGUUCCUUUCCACAUUCAAUUAUCCAAAGCCGAAAUGGGAUGGAUUGAGGGCUUCAUACACUAAGCAGCAGCACAUCAAUGGCACCAACACACAUUAUCAUGUUCAGCUUGUUAUCCUCAAAGGAAGAUGGGAUUAGGUGAUUAGUGGAUGAUCAUUGCUUGUAAUUAAUUGUUGUCUUUCCAAGUGAUGUGGGCUGUAUUAUAUUUAUAUCAGACAUAUUUGCUCUUACUUUUUGUUUUUCUUA